AGCAUCACAGGACCCAUGGCGAAUCUUUUGUUUAUUCUUGCAAGCAGUCUUGGGUUCGAAUACGAGCUGGUGACACCGCCGGAUGGGGUUUGGGGCGCUCCGGACGCUAACGGCACGUGGAAUGGACUGCUGGGACUCUUGCAGCGGCAGGAGGUGGAGGCGUCGCUUGGGCCGUUCGGAGUGACACACCAGAGGGAGGAGGUGUGUGACUUCUCGUAUCCCUUCCAUAGCGUCAACAUGGCCAUCCUCUUGAUCAGGCCCACGCUGCAGAGUGAUGUGGCUGGCUUCCUCCUGCCUUUCACCUACGUGGUGUGGCUGCUGACGCUGAUGAGUCUGGUGGCAAUGGUAGUGGUGAUGGCGCGAGUGGCGACGGCGGAAGCGAAUUUGUACAACACCAAGAACCGCAACACACUGGCCAAGGCAGCCAUCUGGGGUCUCAAGGCCUUCACUCAAGAGGGGUCUGAGUGGUUGCCGCCCCAUGACGCAGGCCGCGUGCUGGUCACCACCUGGCUGCUGGCGUCCCUGGUGUUCAUGUCCUCCUACAGCGGCAUUCUCACCGCCAUGCUCACCGUGCCGCGGGUCACCAUCCCCAUUGACUCCCUGGUAGACCUGGUGGCGCAGGACGAACUGCCCUGGAGGCUGGAGGCGGGCUCCAUGAUGUUCCAGUAUUUCCAGGAGGCGGAGGACGGCGUGAGGAGGCAAGUGUUCAGGGGCAUCUCAGGCACCAUUCCUGACUGCUACGCGGCGCGGGAGGACAUCGCCACUGGGAGGUACGCGGCUAUCUGCGACAGAACCACCAUGAGGAAGGCCAUGUCGUGGGACUUCAGCACCAGCGGGCAGUGUCACCUGUACAUGUCCCGCGAGGAUGUGUACACCAAUCUCCCCGUUGCCAUGGCCUUCAGGAUCAACUCCACCUACCGCGCCAAGGCUGACCACAUUAUACUGGCGGUGAAGGAGGCAGGCAUAUUGGACCGCUGGCUGGACUCUCAAAUCACUAACAUUAGCCAGUGUCUACGCCCGCCAUCAGCAGACCGCAGUGAGGGCAUCGCUGCUCUAGACACCGACGCCCUUGCUGGAUGCUUCCUCGUGCUGGCGGGAGGUCUUGUUGCUGCCACGCUAGUCUUCCUGAUAGAGGCGAUGGUUUCCUGCCAGUGCUCCUCCUAGAUAGAGAGAAGGAAGAAGCUGUUCCUCACUGCCUAUACUAUAGUUAACAGCGAACCAGAUUACUUCGAGAACAUCUAAGCACUAUAGAAAACAGCGCACAAUAUUCCUUCCAGAGCCAUGCUUACUAUCU